GAAGUUUAAAAUGACAUUGGGUAGGUAAGCAAACGUUAUUGAUUCAGUUUUUGAAGUUACAUUUGAAAAUGAAAUGAAGAGGUUGGCCCGAGCCGCUAAAACGAGAUGGAAAGUUGCAGGUGGUGAACAAUCUCGAUUCCCGGUCUCGCCGUCGCGGCACCGCGGAAAUUCAAACAGAAACAAAAAAUGGCGACACGGGCGAAGUAUCCCACGGACGGCGUGGGAAACGUUAGCAGGAUGUUUGAAACGUUUAGCGUGGACUCCAGCGUCGUCGAGGACAGGCUAUUUCCUUCCUCUGAGACGGAGGACGACGAUGUCGACGGUCCGGUGGUGUUCAUCUGCGCCAAGUGCAAAUUGCCCGUCGGGGAUUCUAUGUCGUGGGACAGCAACCAAGACGGACAAACUCAGAUUCAGCUCAAGCGAGUCACGAACAACGUGCUGAUCGGCAAGGACGCUCGUCUGCACGAAGCCACCAAAGGUUCUCUUUGUCUGAUUGUGGACCUGGUGUGCGCGGGAUGCCGCGCGGUUCUCGGGAUGAUCUACAGGUCGACGCCCAAGAACUUGGACCACAAGAGAUGCACCUUCUGCUUCAACGUGGCCCACAUCGACAGUUACGUGCUGGGCUCGGCGAGCCAGAAGUUGUCAGCAGAGGGCCCCAAGGAGCAGCCGGUGACUCUGGAGUACAGAGACCAUGUUGAACAGGUGCUGACCGAGAUGAAGAUGUUGGUGGUUUCCAUGGCGCGCCACGUGGAGGAGCUGGAGAGCGCCGCUCACGACCAGGCCUGACUGAGCGCGUGUCAAACCAAAGGCUCGCUCCCUCUCCUCCUCUUCCUCCUCCUCCUCGAGGGCAAAUCGCUUCAGUCAGCACUUCGGCCCCCCCACGGGACACAUUUUCUCCUGUGGCGCGUGUGUAUGUGCAUGUUUUUCAAGGGGAGCGUGCGGUUUUUUGGGCAUGUGUUGUGUUAAGCGAAUAGUGUUGUUUGGUUUUGUAUCUUUUGGGGGGGGUUUUUUACGCCAUGGAACUGUCUCGCGGUAUGGCGUGUGGAUUUUCAAAAUAAAAAGCCUUUCAGACCGACAA